AUGGAGGCCGACCUGAAAGCCGGCGAAGCGGCGCCGACCGUGCAGGACUUCCCUCUGUAUCUCGACCUCGGUAGUGGACUCACUGCGAAGCUCGAGGAACACGACUACGCCGUCCUCGUAGACCAUAGGCUAGAGUUUAACGCCCGUUGCUUGGGAUUCGGCCUCAACAUCGCACCGCUUCCAGGAGCACAUUGCAUCAUCGUUGUCAUCCUCUACCCCGACGACUUGUUGAAGGCGGGGGGGGGGGAGAAGAUCAGGACCUCGAUCCGGCACGUUGACCCGCAGACUGUGAAGCAGUGGCACCGUGACGAGGCGAUCCGCGUGCUGAAGUUUUUCCGGGCAGCGGUCCUAGCCGAGCUUGGGCGCGAUGGUAGGAAGUGGGAGUGGGCAAAGCCUUCUGAUGAAGAGGUGGAGGACAGGCUCACCAACUACGAUCAACCCGUUCGAGAUAAAGUGCCCGACGCCGUUCGGGACGGGGACGCGGGCUCCGGCCUGCUAGCAAUGAGCGCGUUGUGCUGGGUGGUGAGGAGGAUGGAUCUCCUGACCGGCGCCCUCCGUCGCAGUGUGACAAGCAUGGACAAGGUCAACGUUUCGAGGUUGAAGGGGCUGCGGAAUGGGAUGAUAACAUUCGUCAAGGAGCACGUCGCUCUCAAACGGCCGGGCCAUGUCGGAGUUGCUGCCGACGCCUGUGACGACGACGGCGAGGAGACCCCUUUGGCAUCCCAAGCAGUAGGUGUCGCCUACACCGUUGAUGAUGCGCGUGGGACUUCGAUCGGAGAGCCCGGAGGCGGCGUCGACAAGGAAGAUGAGGAGGCGAGAAGGGCGGUGACUGGGACUGCGGAGAAGCACCAGGACGAGGACAUAAAUCAGGAUGAUAACGAGGAUCAAGAAGAGGACCAUGAGGAUCGUGAGGAGGAGGAGGAGGAGGAGGUGGAGGAGGCAGAGAAGCAGCAAGAGGGGGAGCAAGAGGAAAAGGUCGAGUGGGAGUUGGAGGAAAUGGAGGUGGAGUACGUAGAGGGAGCGGCGGAAACGGGUGGGAGGUCGGCGGAUGUUGUGAACGAGAGAGGGGAGGAUGCCAACGAGGAGAAAGGCGGCAUGGAGGUGGCUCACGGGGGGAGUGAGAAGGUCGUGGUCGGCGAUGUGGUUGGCGACGCGAAGGAAGUUAUCGACCUCAAGGCCGUUGGAGAAGGGGACAACGCCGCGGCCACGAAGCAGACGGGCGUGGAAGGGCCUACCGAGACCACCGCAGGGAAGGCCGGGGGGGAGCGGUCUAGGAAGAAGAAGGCGGCGCGCGGUCAUCCCGAUUCCUCCGCAUCUGGUCGGCAGGCACCGCUGGACGUCGUUGAGCAGCUGCGACAGGAGAACAGGCGAUUGACGGCAGAAAAUGCCCGUCUGGAGAAGGUGCACGGAGAGGAAAGGGGUCGGGUGGACAGGUUUGCGUUGGGGAUAAACAGACUCCUCGACAAGCUCCAAUCGUUGGCCGACCAGGUCGCCGUCUCCGACCAUAAUGCGGCGAAACGACUGCUAGAUGCGACGUGGGCCGUGUCGACAACCAUCACGGACAACAUCACCAACCACAUGGACGAAUCGUGGAAGGCGAUGAAGUCCUUCGCCGAAAAGGCGUCGACGUGGUUGGCGGAAAUCGACGGUCCGGAGGGAAGUAUGGCAGUUGAACGCGCAAAAGCGGUCACCGCCUUGGCCAACCACAUAGAAGCAGUGGUGGACGAUGCGAAGUUGGGUUUGGAGGACUACAUCUCAAAGCACCUAGUCGCCGCGCAGACCAACAUUGCCGCCGCGGUAACUCGCAACAUCGCCGUGCCGCCGCCGCCCCCGCCGCCCCCGCCGCAGCCCACGCCAGCCUUCCCGGACGAGCUCAUGAAGUCGUUCAAGGCAAACGUGUUGAAGGUGGUGACGGAGGCCACCCAACAGUCGUUUGUUACGUCCAGGUUAAAGCUCAUGACCGAGGUGAUCGGCAAUGUGGCGCCUGGUCGGCGUGGGUCGUCGCCGUCGGCCAAUGACGCCGAUCCCGCGCAACGAAGGGAGGCCGACAAGCAGGGUCGGAAAAGGGCGGGCGGCGGAGAUGAUGCGGGGAGCGUGAAGCGGAGAAAGGGAGCCGAUGGGAGCCGCGGCGUCGGCGCGGUGGGUCCAGGCGACUCGCGGACUCGAGGUCAGAGCGUGGUCGACCAGCUCAAGAAGAACGGGGCCAAGGUGAUAAGGUCGCACAGCAAGGGCGAUGGAAUCGGGAGUGUAGAUGGGGGCCAUGCCGACGAGGUUGCCGCUCAAGACGCUGGACCAACAGCCUCGCCCCUGGUCGCCGAGAAGCCCCAUGGUCUGGCGAGCGGCGGGAAAGGCUUGAGCGACAAGGAGAUCCCAACCGCUCAAACGGCGAUAGAUGGCGGCGCUAGAACCGUCAAGGGACCGUCUGUCGGGGUGGCGGGGACCACGUCGAUUCCCCGAAAACCCCCUGCGGCUAGCAGCGCGCCGGUCGGCCCGUCAGCCGCCAACAACGAUGGGCCGGCCCUUGCGGCUACUCCAGCUCCAGCAGGCCCGUCUGCCGCCAAGGGCGACGCGAAGGAUGCUGCGGCUAACCCCGACGGUCCGUCCGCCACUAAGGUGCCCACAGCGGCGAACGCGCUCAGGGAAAUGCUCCACCGCAUGGAGGCCUAUCGCAAGGACGUGCAGCAGCCUCCCUUGGUCGAUGCCGCCCCCGCCGAAACAGCACGUCGCUCGGUCACUCCGCAGGUCGCCGCCACAACGCCCAGUGCCCCACAUACCGCGCCUCUGGUCGCCGCGCGUCCUUCUGCGGACCCAAAGUCCGCAUUGCUUUGCGCCCGGCUAGGCGCACGUAGUGCGGCAGUGCCAAUACGGACUCAGCCGGAAGCCGACUCAAGCGCGUCGCCGACGUCGGUAAACGUGGCGGCGGAGAAGGGCGUGAGGGCAGCGCUAGCCACCGGCGGCGGAGCCAUUGACCCUGCACAGGCAUCAAAAGGCCACAACGAUGCCGACAUCGAUGCCAUCCAGAACCUGUUGGAAGCGGUAAAACGCCCCGGGCACCCCCCUGCUCUGGCCAUCUCGGACACGGCGCAUGUGGAGCCUUCGGCGAGUCCCCCCAGUGCUUCAGCGGAGCCAAAGACGACCACUGAUGCUGUCGGCAAGGGAGAGUCGAAACGGAAGGGGAAGGACGAUACAGGGAAAGGGAGGGCGAGCUCUCAGAGGAAAACACGGGCGAUGUCGGCGACGAAGGAGAUGUCGGCCGAGAUAAGGAGGGAGAAGGCGAAGGAGAAGGUGGAGGAGAAGUCGGUCGGCGAGGGUUCGUCGGCAAAGAAAGGGAAGGAGAAGGCGGCGGAGAAGGAGAAGGAGAAGGCGGCGGAGAAGGAGAAGGAGAAGGAGAAGGAGAAGGAGAAGGAGAAGGAGAAGGAGAAGGAGAAGGAGAAGGAGAAGGAGAAGGAGAAGGAGAAGGAGAAGGAGAAGAAGGAGAAGGAGAAGGAGAAGGAGAAGGAGGAGAAGAAGGAGAAGGAGAAGGAGAAGGAGAAAGAGAAAGGACAGAAGGGUCAUGGCAUCCGCCACGACAACUCGGGCAACGGUCUAGGGUGGGUGGGCGAGAUUAAGGUGCUCGGCGCUAAUCGAUACAUCGGCAAGUCGCGCGACAAGAUGGAGCUGGCAUACCUGCACUCGAUUGCGUACAUCGUCUACGACGGUUACGUCAGCAAGGUCCUCGUGGUCGAGCUCACCGGCUCGGAGGAAACCGAGUUGGAGAAGUGGAGGAAGGUGUGGGAGGAGGUCAAGAUUUUGCCGACAGGGAUGUGGACAGUGAUAUGGGCACGGGGCACGUACCUUCCAAAAACACGGUUCGAUGACAAUCUCGGCAAGUAUCAAGCGUACAAGAACUUAGGCGAUGCGCACCACGACGCGCUCUUGCCGGCGAUCUGGUUCCCCGUCGAUGCCGUCACAAAGGAAGGCAAGGAGAAGUCGGAUGCUAUGAUGUCGGCCAUGAUAGGUCGCAUGUCCAUGUGCGCUGCGUAUGGGAAGGUCGCUGCAAGCGCGGUGAGGAAGGAGGGAGACACUGAUGAGAAGACGACGAUGGCGGCACAAGCGUUAUCGGCCUCUGCUUGCGCCGUGUGGUGCUUAGUCGAGAACGAGGACGCCCAGGUGGUCGAUGCUGUGGGCGAAGGGAAGGCUGCAGCGAUGGUGGUCGGUGCGAGCGAGAAGACCGCCAGUGUCUUCAAGGAGGUCAUGCAGGCGGUGCUAGAGGCCGAGAUCGACAGGGAGCAACCCCUCGGGGAGGUUGCGCACAACGUCGCGCCGGUGCUGCAGAGUCUCGCUCUGCAUCGGGUCUACCCGGGGGUGGAUCAUGAAGUCGAAGCCGACGUGAUCGCUAGAGCGACGGUGGAGAACUUGGCGUUCUGGGGAAUGUGCCCCGUCGCCGGGCCGAAACUCGAAGAGAUCGGCAUCGCGGUGCCGUGUGACGUGCAGAUGGAGUACGAUAUUGAACACAGGGGGAGGAAGGGGCAGAGGGGCAAGCAGGGCAAGGAUAGCACAGGGAAGAAGGGGAAGAAGGGCAGGAAGGGCAAGGACAGCACGGCGGCGUAG